CUACAUUAUUUCAAGCCACUGCUCAUUGAACAAGAAAUAGCCUAAUCAAACUCCACCUUUUAUCAAAACUAAAUACAGGCAUCAUAUUUGGAGGAUAUUCUUUGUAUAGAAAGAAUUAACCUUUUGAUUGAUCAUAAUGUCAUUAUACAACCUUCAGAAUAUGUUCAUGUUAUUAUUAUUAAAAAAAUUAAAUACUAAACAUACCAAACUGAAACAAUUAGAAUACAGAAUCUGAUGCAAUGUAGGGCAAAGGUAAUGGUUUUCAGAGUUCUCUGAAAAUAUGUGCAGACAGGGUUUCUAAAUAAAUGCGUAAUAAUCCAGCAGAAAUCUCUUUUUAGGGACUGGAUUUAUUUUUAAAAUAUUCCAUCAAAAAAUUGAGAGGCAAUGCUUUAAUCUGCAUAAUUUUACAGAGAGCAGCACUGGUCUUAUAAUAAUAAUAAUACAAAAAAAAAACUCUUAGAUAAACAAUCGUAUAACAUGGCUUUUCAUUUUAAUGUUGUCAUCUAUGGUCGUGUAUUUGUUGAUAUUUUUUGCAGCGUUUAAUACACUCGGUGUGGGUGUGAUGACGGCCCCAGCUCUACCAUGUCUGAUAAAUCAAAAACCACAAGAACAGAAAGGAAACACUUGAGCUAGUCAUAUAGGCCAAUCAUGUACCAUUAAAUUAACCUGACCGUGAAAAGAUAACUGCUCGUAUUUACCGCUGUAUGCACAGACUCACCAUCCACUGAUAUCCAAGCAGCAUUCUCUGUUAUAAUCCGAUUGUAAUGUGCGGAUAAUAUUCCUCUGUCAUCGCAGCACAGCAGCGCCCCUUUGAGGCUUUUUAGUCAAAGAGGCACCGCAGUUUCGGACUAACUGGAGAGUUUUUUUUUUAUUUUGUUUGUAAACUCUUUGUAAACUUUUUCUGUAAACUCAAGAGAAUGUUGGAUUCCACAGCAGAGCGCUACCAACCAAUGUCCAUUUUUUAAAGGUAGCUCCCAUAUGUGAGGUGAGUUAAAGUCCAUGCAUUGUCCUCUAAUUAUUUUAAGGCUGUAUAGUAGAGUAGGUUCUUACUCUGUGACCACCACGCCCAGACAGUUCUCUGUAAAAGUCUCCAAGCACCUUAGGCCACUACCUCUAAAUUGUCCAUUAGGUGGCUACUGGUUUCAGACAGUAGCUGUCGCAACAAUAUGGCUCCCAUGGGUUUCCAUCCAACUUUUAAUACAAAUUCGGAUUAUUCCAACAGGAAAUCCGGAGUGUGCAUGCUUGAAAUUCGCAUAAACUCUUCUAAAUCCAGUAAAGAAAUCGAGCGCGGGUGGGGGGUGGAUUAACUCAUGAUUUGCAGAGUAGCCUAUAAUGCGACUAAGGUAGAUGCAAACGGAUUUAUUUGCAUAAAUUCGCAUUUGUUGCAAUUUUAUUAGGUACGUUUAAGUUGCCCUGACAACCUUAGGCUACAGCAGUUCAGAACUCCUCCCUUGAUUAGGAGUGUGUCCAGUUUUAUUAGCAAUACGCAGCGAAUGGAAACGCGCAGACUCUCGCAUUUUCUUUAGCUGAAUCUUCAUGAAGCGCUUACAAUAUGCGAAUGAGUUGGAUGGAAACCCAGAUAGUGAGGGAUGCUUCCAUUAACAGCACAGAGACAGUAGUUUGUCUACUGCAGUCUAAUUGAGUCCUUCAGUGGGAGUCCACGCUAUUGUGUAGGUAUGCUAUGUUGGUGAGACUGUAGGCUAUACAUUUUUGCCUGUCUGAAAUGUUAUAGCCUAAAUAAAUUCAGAUGUUUUAUACAUUGUCUAUGUCCAUGUCAGUGGUGGUAGGAAAAAAAAGUGUUCCAUUAACUAAAAACAGUGAUUAAUUAUGAUAAUGUGAAAGGUGACCAAAUGUGUUUCUUCAACUUCAGGUAAAGAAAUAAAGAAGUUGCAUCGAAAACAGACUGAGAAAGCAUUCGCGAACAUCCAGUUCCAAUUUAAAGCUCGAGAGAACUAACUUCAUUCAUGGUGGCUUGCUGUUAAGUGGUUGCCAUGGAUACUCUGUAGAAAACACCACUUUGGAAGCGCGCGGGACAGUAGCAGUGAAACACUGAGGUUCUGCUCAUUAGUGGGAAGGUAAAACAGAGUAGGCCCACGCUUUGCUUUGACAAGCACUUUCACAAUUUGAACAAUUUUAAGGCAGGUUUAGCAAAUAUACAGUGUGACCACGUUUCCUCUUAGAAUUUGAACGUAGCCAUGUCCAGAACCAGGACCUACAAAGUGUCCGCAUCGGUGUGCGUGGAGCAGAUUGAGUCAGAGCUGGCCGCUCAGUUGGAUGCACUUCGAACAGAAAUCGCAGAGAACGUAUUUCUUCAGGGAACUACUACAAAAUCAUACUGGUAUGGUCAAACACAAUGGGGGAGUUGACAGGUUAUCGAAUAUGUUCGUUGAAUACCUAAUUAUGUCCAGUUAGUGCCACACAUAAUAUUUCUAUUAUUAUCAUUAUAGCUCCGUUCUGAUUCCCAAAGACAUUUCUUAUUUCCGCGUGGAGAGAGAACAUAGUCUUAAAAGACUCCUGCAGGUUAGUGGAAUGUAUGCUCUAGAUGGAAACGUGUCUAUUAUGCCAAAAUGGUGUUUGGAAUUGUUAUGACCCAUUAUUUUGAACAUCUAUUUUUAUUCUGGUUGUCCGUCAAAUGUGGCAUGCGUAAUAGGUCCCUGCUGCACGACCUCAGGUGUCACAGACUGAGAUCAUUCAGCAUGAGCUGGAGAGCUGUAUCAAUCGGGAAUACACACCUGAGAGUCUUCCUCUUCUGCUGCACCAGCACUACUUGGACCGCUCCCAUCAGUUGACUCAAUGCAAGCACCUGCUAAUGUUGAGGUGGAGGAGAUUCUUUCGCCACUCCACAGUAUUAGAACUACUGUAUCCUUUGUACAAGGGGCAGAUGGACUUGCUAGUGCAGGAAUAUGAAGAUGCAGUGCAGCGAGCACACAGGCUGGCCGUGUCCAGAGAGAGACUCCUGACACGCAGAGUGGGCCCUAACAUCGCACUCUCUCAGGAAGAUGUGGCCAUUUACCUCCAGUGGCUGGUGACCCACCUGCAUUCCCUGAAAUCUAUCCACAGCUUUCUUCAGGUGCAGACAUCCACACAUUACUGCAAAUAAUCACUUAUCCAUCUCCAGCUGUUUGUUGGCAGGCAUAGAGGCAUCUCUGACCAUUUCAUCAACAGCUUACAAGAAGCCAGGUAUUGCCAUAUCUCAGUGUUAUUGUAGGAGUUAUUUAACAUCAUUGUCCGUCUUCUCUCUGGAGCACCAACAUCAUCUCAUUAAUCUUCCUGGUGCGAGAGUUGUCCCGCUCUUGCGGUUAAUCAUGAACAUGUGAAUUAUCUCAACUGCUCGGUUUUUCAAAGGAAGGCUUACAUCAUAGUUUGAUUUAAUUACUCAAAUAAUCUGCUGUUGCUGAGGUGGUCAGGUUACUCCUGCACAGACUACUUAAAGUUAUGGGGACAAUUUGUGAUCUGAAAAUAUAGCAUGCUGCUGAACAUCCUGAUUCUAUGAAUGCUCUAAUGACAUGGGAAUAUUGUGGCAAACUAGUCCAGAAGAAUGGAGGCGGAUGCAGACAUCUCAGGUUUUAAAGCUAGCACCCAUAUCCCAUACACCACACGACCCCGGGAAUGUUGUUUAUUAAUGGGACUCUCGAGCAAAGAACCACACAGAAGCAGGGAACACACAGCAGGUCCUAUACCCUGACACAGACACACUCACUGACGUUGCACAGAUACGCUAACAGAAGGCAGAGCUAAACUAAGGCAUUAAACAACACAGACUUAAAUGAUAACUCACGCUAACAUACUGGACUCAAGAGGGAAGGCAUAAUCACAUUAUUCCAGAACAUUAAGUGCAGCAUUACACAUUAACCACAAAUGCAAAGCUUAAUGGGGUGAAACUACUUAAAGUCAUCAUUCACAUCAGCACACGGAAGCACUGCAACAGCCUUGUACGCUAAAGUAUUGAAAUCCAAGAUGUUCGAUUUUAGAUGCGUCAACACUUAAAGACAAAAUGUUUGGAUUAUUUUAGAACCCCUCAGGGGCAUCAAUGGUCAGUAUCGUAAGUCCUUUUUCCUCAUUCUAUGGUAGGAUAGAUUUCCUCAUUCUAUGGUAGGAUAUUCAAUAUUUAUUCAUAUGAGCCAUUUUUACUAUAGACAUUGUAUUAUGGAAAAGAUGUGGUUAUGGUUAAUAAGAUCUCUCUGAUGUUUUUCACACAGGUUCUCUAUUACCUACCUGCAAGUGAGAGGAAAGACAUGGGGUCAGGAAUGACUCAAGUAGAUGUUGUUACUUCCUCUACUAAACAGCUGGCAGGAGUAUCUUCAGCUAAUGGGAUUCCUGUUCAUAUGCUGAGACUGGACCAGUUUCAGGGGCAGCUGCAGGACCUCGUGUCCCACUUCCAGCUGCAGUGUGAUACUCAGGACCUCAGGACACCUGCUGAUGAGAUGGAGCUCUUCAGAUUGGUGUCACAGGAGUUCCGGGUGAUCUUCCAGAAGCAGGAGGAGGCGAGGGCCCUGGUCCAGUACGGAAGCACUGAGGCAGUGGAGAGGCAGCUGGGGAGGAAGGGCUCCGGGGCGGCCCUGAGGAAGGAGGCCAAUUGGGUUCCCUUCAUUCAGAUUAAGCCCAAGCUUGACCCCUGGCAGCAAAAGUUCAUCACUAAGCUGAAGGAGCAGAACUCAUUGGAUGAGCUUCUACAGAAUCUGUCCAAGUGUUGUCAGUUGUCAGAUCCUGACAAAGCUAUGGAGGCUUUGAGGCAGCAUACUUCUUCUGUGGUGAAGCCUGAAAGUGUGGAACCUUUCACACUGGACCCAAGGUCCACAGGAGGAAAGAGUGCUUCACAGAUAUGGACCAGUCUGUACAAUUCUGCUCUUACUUCUCAGGAUUCCAUGGGUAAACAUGGUGGGUUAUCUCUGCAAAAAAACAAACAAGGAUUAAAGAAGCCAAGGCUUGGCAGCAGCACUGAGCUCCUGGGACUUGAGGAGUUCUUCGGGGACGGAGGUGUCGACUCAGCGGAGUCAAGAGGGGCCUACCUCUCCCUGGUAUACCUACGUUACCUCAGGAUGCGGGAGCUACAGAAUGCAUGCCUGAACAUGCUGAACUACAUGCGAUCUGUGGAGAGAACACUCACCUUUGACACAGCAGGUGUGGUGAUGGAGGGAGGAGAGCUGAAGAACAGAAAGGAGGAGUGGGGGUGGAUGAGUGCGGUCAGGAGGGACGCGGGGGCCAAAGGUGGUAUUGGGUCCCAUCACCAGAUCUACAGCACACCCACUGACUACCAGGUCCACUGCUCCGAGUUCAUGGAGUUCCCAGAGGUGGAUAACCACCAUGACUACUACAGUGGAGAGGGGAGGCAUGUGUGCACGCAGGACCAGAGGGGUCUGUUUGUGGUGUACAGCGCAGCCCUGAGAGACCUGGAGGAGCUGGAGCACACUCUCCUCCUCAUGGCCUCAUACUACACCCAGACCUGGAGCACAGAGAGGUACGUGUCAGAGGCAUGGGGUCAGUCUAAGCCAGACCAGAACUCUUGGGCUGGGAUGGACGUGGAUCGCCAGGCUGUGUUGUUGGACCUGUGGACGUGUGAGGCGGCUUUUAUAGAGAACAAGAUGCAGCUGCUUAACUGCUACUUUGAGGCAUACCAACACGUAACAGACUCAGAGGAGAGGGUUGCCAUGGCCCAAGUCAUCACAGACAUCAUCCACCGCCGGCCUCAGCUGGACCCCACAGCCCUGUACUGCGUGCAGGCCUACCAGGAGGAGCUGGUCUGUCUGCAGACACACCAGCAGCUCAUCAAACAGGUCCUGGACCACCAGAUUGACGAGCAGCGCCGAUACCUCCAGCGUGUGUGGAGAAAGGAGGAGAGGGUAGCCACUCUGGGGUUUGGCCUGCCCCCAAACUAUACCCCCAAACAGCUGGUCACCCUUUGUGGAGGCAGUCCUGCCCUUAAGAGUGUUUUCCUGCUGGAGGUCCACCCCUCUCUCUGCCAAGCCCGGCAGGUGUACCAGGCUCUGGGAAAGGCCCAUGCUGAUCUUUGUCAGCUGCAUGGAGCCAAGGGAGCUCCAGAGCGAGUGGCCCUGGAACAGAGGCUGCUGAAGCAGGCACUGCGCUACUGGCACACCCAGGCUCCACUCGGGGCCUCCUACAGUCCUCAGAUCCAGAAGGAUUUGUUUUCAGGAGUGUAUUUUGAGGACCCCCUACUGGUGAGGGAUGUGGGUCUGACUGUUUUGAGGUCAGCAGAAGACAGUGAGAUAAGGUCUGAGAGGGACAGACAGCUUCUUGGUGUUGAGACGUUUUCUAAGCUUCUGGAGCUGGUCACCAUACGCCAUCGGCUGCUAGAAGCUACUGUUGAGAGCGAGCAUCUUGCACAGUUAUACAAAGCUUUAGCUCUGGAACUGGGCUUUGAUGAUUUCCACCUGCAUUUGCGACCAGUUCAGUUUGAGUUUGCUGUGCUGAAGGAUGUGGCAGAACAGGGCCCCAUGUUCAUCACCGCGCUACUGGAGGACAGCACCAGUGUGGACAGAUAUGCCCCCUCCAGUCUGCCUCUGGCCAUUCAGGAGCUUGAUGUCAACCACAUUGGUAAAUUCAGCUUCCACACCCAGGAAGCAGUCAUACAACUCCUGAAUGGGUCAGGCAUUGAAAACCUUCAGGUGACCCUGGCAUGCCAGGUAACACAAAAGAAUGCCUUAAUUAGCGCUGUCAAGCAAGCCUCCCUAUGCUACUGGGCAGAAGUUGCUGCAGGAUCACAGGAGAUGCAGAUUCAGUGUGAGAGCAGAGGCCCUCAGGAAAGGGCCCCCUCCAGUAAGGGACUCAGAGGCCCUCAGGAAAGGGCCCCCUCCAGUAAGGGACUCAGAGGCCCUCAGGAAAGGGCCCCCUCCAGUAAGGGACUCAGAGGCCCUCAGGAAAGGGCCCCCUCAAGUAAGGGACUCAGAGGUCAUGCAUCAGACUCCAGGCACAGACUUGCAGAGUCAUUUGUGUCUAUCCAGCUGGAGAAGACAAGGCCACGAGAUGAGAUGCUGAAUGCCUUCAUCAAGCAGAGAGAGGCUACAGGAUCCCUCAUGCAGAACCCAGAUGAAGCAGCAAAGACCAAGAGGAAGCUGAUCCUGGAGUUCUGUUCAAAGUUCAGUAAUAGCAUGUCUCUGUGCUGUGUCAGAGCACAGAUAAUUGCUCUGUACCACAGCCUAACGUUACUUCUGCAAGACUUUCCCACCAUCUGCGAAAAACACUUCAUGAUUGGUAGACCCAAUGAAGCCAAAUCAAACCAGGACUCAGAGAAGGCACUCAGAACAGACCCCAGGGAAUUCCAGCAGCGUCCCAGAGCUCUGUUGUCAGCAGAUGGAACUGUACUCCUCAACCUGUGGUUCCUGCCACACUACACAGAGACACUGCUCAUGUUCCGAGGCUUGGACGAGAUGGCAUGCCACAGGGCACUUCAGCACGCAUUGGACAUGGCAUCUGCUCUUCAUGGCAUUGUGUGUUACAACAUCAGCUUUGCCCGCCUGGGGAACAGCGCCGCUCCACUCAGCUCCAGCAGCCAACACACCCUGACAGCAGGCUGGGGAGGCACAGAGAGCAUCAGUGCUGAGCUCUGGGAUAUUCAGCAACAGGUGGACUCUCUCUGUGACCCCCGCAACCCGAAGGCCGUAGGGUAUCUGCUCCAGCUGCGCAGACAGGUGCUCUUCCUGCUCUUUGAUGCAGCCACGCGUCGCAUGGUCAGAAAAACCUUCCUGUCCACUGGCAACACUGCUGCUUGUCAUACAGUGAAUGACAACAUGGGACACGCCCUCCCCCUCUUGAGUGACAGCUUGAGAGGAAGUGACCAGAGCUACCAGCUGCCUCUGCCCCAGCCUCUGGAGCCACACAGCCCUCAGGCACAAAGACUGUUCCCAUGGAGAUGGUUUGUGUUGUGCCAUGGUCUUCAUCCAUUAGAUGUUUGGGACGUUCCAUCCAUUGAGUUCAGCAUGCAGCUGUGUUUGAGCGGGUUGAAUGAGAGCAGCCGGCAGGUGGCCAAUGGAGAGCUGCUGGGCGUGUCUCUGCUGCUGGAGGAGGUGCUGAGCAGUAGGCAGGAGGCGUGGCCUCUCGAGCUGGAGAUGACGGAACUGGGUACUGAUGCUAUGCAAAACAUUUUAACUCAGGUGCCUGAAGAAUGUGCUGUUGCUGAGGGUGAUGGAGACUGCUCUGUGAAGAGACAGAAAGACCCUACCUUUGGCCUGGAGCAGCAGAGAGGGUUCUUGCUGCUGUGGAAGCAGCUGGAAACAGUGAAGGAGAGCUGGGGCUGCCACAGGCUGGGUGUCCAGCAGAUCCACAGCCCUACUCUCUACCAGCACUUCACCACGCUCUACAGACAGGAGAUCCAGUACCCGAGUAUGAAGGCUCUGGCGCAGUACUUAGGCACAGAGCGGGAGUAUGAGGCUCUGCUGGUGGAUGGGCAGCCUCUGCCGCCCCCUGCUGGCGCCACGGAGGUGGAGCUGAGGACCUGGGAGCUGUUGAGACUGCUGGAGAGCACAGAAUGUGACAUGAUGAAAGCAGUGCAAUGGAAGAUGGCCAAAGAGAUGACCCUGCUGCUGUCAGAGAGGGCACGUCAAGACACCGCCUUACCCACAGAUGUGUGGAAGCCAGGUUCCAUGAAGCACUGUCCAACACCAGAGAGGCCACUGAUCGUGGAGAACUUUGUGCAUCAGCUGCUGUCAGGAGCACAGGACUCUGAGGGGCAGGUAUCGCUGUCCAGUGCCCAUCUGCAGGACUGUUUGGGUGCUCUGUCGCGUGAUGUGAUUGGCCGUGAGCGGAGCAACUUCCUGUUCUACUCGCAGUUCUAUGAGCAUCUCCUGCAGCAGGAGACUCAGCUGCUCCACCAAAGGGAACAGGAUGUGAAGAGCCUGGAGGAAUAUCACAUCCAGUCAAAUGACCCUCUCAGUAAGGCGGCAGGGCUGUGUCGGGGGCUGAUGGUGGAGCUGACGGCCCUGAGGGCUCGUCUGGCUCACCUGGAGGAGGAGCGCAAGAUCCUCCAGCAGCAGCUGAGCCUUGAGCACAGACAGCAUUACGACGCACUGGUGCGACACCUCUUCACCACCUGCCUCCAGCUCAAGUCACGACUGGAUGGCUACCAUCAGAAGAUGGAAGAGGAUGUGCUGCAGAUGGUUAGCAGAGCCCGGAGGGAGGGGGUGGACAGGAUCUCCAGGCUACAGAAGAAGUAUGGCACCUCCAAAGACCCCCAGGAUCUAGCUGAGACUCUGGUUCAGAAAGAGGCGCAGCAGGACCUCCUGAUAGAGAACACCCAGCAGAGAGCUCUGAUGAGGAAACUGCAGGGUCUGGGUCAGUGGAGAGAAACUGUUGCUCUGGGAAAACUACAGCGGGAGCUCAUCAGCACCAAACAGAAGGAGAUGCGACGGCAGCUGGCCGGCGUUAAAGUGCAGCUGGAAUCUGAGCAGCAGGGGGCGCUGCUGCAGCAGGAGCUGGAGGCCCUGAGGGAGGCCAUGCAGCACAGCCAGAGGGAGGUCCACCUCGCCAGGAAGCAGCUCAGCCAACAGAGCCAGCGUCUGCAGGAGGUGGAACAUGGCUGCACUCAGGAGGCGCGCAUGCGUACGCAGCUGCGCAGCUCAGGUGCGUUCAGUCUGCAGCGUCUGCAGGAGGAGGCUGAGGACAGGGAGAGAGUCGUCAAGGAGCUCACUGAGCAGCUGCACACUGGGCGCAGACACAGCCAGCUGCAGCUGCAGCACAGCACCAAAGAACUGCAGCAGGUGAGGAGUAAACUCCAGCAGGAGAGGGGUCUGAAGCAGGAGGCCUUUCAACUGGUCAGUCAGCUGCAGAGGCAGGUCAGUGCGGGGACCACUCUCCCCAGGUGCACCUCCACACCAGCAGGCAGAAGCUCUAGGACCUCCCCCAUCCUCUUCCUCAGGAGGUCCAGGGGAUCUCCAUCAGGUACGGCUACCAGAAACAUCAGUAGAGAUGACACGGAGGACACCAACACAGAAGCAUUUCAAACAAAUAACACUGACACAAAGAUGCUCUUCUCAAAGUCAAAACAGAGUCUCACUCAACUGCGUCUGGACCCCUGUGAGGUGCCGUUACCAAGCCUCCCUGAUGGGUGUAGCACCCGCCUGAUCUUCAACCUGCAGCGACCAUAGAUGGAAGUCUGGACACAAACUGCUGUCUAUGCAUCACAUUACUCAUCUACUACACAUCUGUUUUCAUCGUUAUCAUUUCAUUCUGGCUGGUAAUGAGACACAAACAUGAAAACGUGGUUAAUUGUAUUGGUUGUGUGUGACCUGUUUUGAAAUGGAGGCACGAGUUCACUUCAUUUUGAAAAAAAAAAUUCAGUUAAAUGAAAUGUAGUGUGAUCCUAUUGUUGAUUAAAGAGAGAUCAUGGCUUUGA